AACUUUUUCUAAAGGUGCGUCCACACGAUCGAACAAUGCUCGACGGACAAAAUCGUUACCAUAUCAGAGGAGAAGCAGGAUGACGUCAUAAGCGGUGAAACGAUGGAAGUGGAUCUGGCAACAAUCAGUGGUACCAGAUGAGGCUGUUUACCACUGUUUCAACUCUGCUCACAGGGCAAAGACCGGUGGACAAUGUUCGAAGGUGAUGUCCGUUGGCAACUCAGGCAUUUAAGUCAGUGUGUGGCCUUGGACGAGUGGUGCAGUACAUCACUACCAUGGUCCACAAGAAAAAAAAGAAGGCUAAAAAAAAUUGCACUAUGCAGCAUGAUCAUUGCUGUACUCUGUGAGGAGGAGGAGGAGAUGACAAGAAGGGAAUGGUGCAAGGACUGGUUGCACAAACGAAAUGAAAGGGGAAGCCAUGCAACCAUUUUGCAAGAAUUGAGAACUGGCUAUGAAUCGGACUUUACGAACUAUAUGCGGAUGGACCCAAAUACCUUCUACGAUUUAUUGGAAAAGUUAAAACCUUUUAUAACAAAGCAGGACACCUGUAUGAGGGAGAGCAUUUCACCUGCAGCACGUCUGGAAGCAACGUUGAGGUACCUUUCCACCGGGUGCUCCUACAGUUCACUUCAAUACAGCACAAGGAUUUCAAAACAGAGUCUGUCUGCAAUCAUUCCUGAUAUGUGCCAAACCAUCUAUGAUGUGCUUAAGGAUCCAUACUUAAAGACACCCCAAACAGCGGAGGAGUGGAAGCGUGUAGCACAGGGAUUUUCCAAGAAAUGGAACUUUCCUAAUUGCAUCGGAGCAGUUGACGGGAAGCACAUCCUGAUAAGGCCACCACCUGAUAGCGGCUCCUUCUACUACAACUACAAAGGAAGCCACAGCAUAGUGUUAAUGGCUGUCUCCAAUGCAGACUCAAACUUCAUAUAUGUUGACGUGGGCACUAAUGGAAGAGUGUCGGAUGGUGGAGUGUGGGGUAACUGUUCUCUCAACCAGCGUAUUGAAGCAGGAUCUGCCGGUAUGCCAGAUGAUGAGGUACUCCCAAACAGCUCAAAAAUAUUACCAUAUGUGAUCGUUGCUGAUGAUGCAUUUCCUCUGAAGCGUCAUAUCAUGAAGCCUUUCUCUCAUCAAAAUCAAAACCUUGAGCAACGUGUGUUUUCCUACCGACUGUCAAGAGCUCGACGCACCGUAGAAAACGCAUUCGGAAUACUUGCUAAAAGAUUUGAAGUGUUUCAUAAAGCCAUUAACCUUGAACCAAAAAAAGUAGAGAAAAUAGUUCUUGCUUGCACUGCACUACAUAAUUACCUUCGCAAAGCACCUAUCACCCCAACUUUGUGUUCUGAUGCAAAUAUAGAAAACGCUGAUGAAAUCCUUGGCAUGCUACCGCUCGAGUAUGAAGAACACACCACCAUCAACGGCACAAUUGUACGCAAUCUGUAUAUGAAAUAUUUCAAUGAGGAAGGUACUGUGAUCUGGCAAAACAGACAUACAUGAGGCUAAGUUACAAUAACUCGGGAGUAAAAUUAUAAUAGUAAUGUAUCAUAAAAAUCACCAAUGUUGCAUAUUGAACAUAUUUUACAUUGCUUUGUUGACAAAAUGUAUUAUAAAGGUAGAUUGUGGCAAUAAAGAAUGUAUGGCCAUUG